GGACAGAGCCAGGGGUCCAGCACCCCCUGGCCAGCACCAGUGUCUCCUUGAAUAAAGCACACAGUGACUAGCUGGUGUGGAAAUUUUUAAUCAAAAUUUUUCUUAUACCAUCUAACAAUGGAAUGCAAGUGCAAACAGAAAAGAAAAUACACUGAUGAAAAUCGAUGCUUCCAACAGGAGUGGGAGAAUAAAUACUUUUUUGUUGAACAUAAUGUUUUCCUUUCAGGACAAUGGUUGGGGAGUGUUGCUUGCUCAGAAAUUGGUCAGAAAAUGUGAUGUUUUAAAUCGAGGACUGUCAGGUUACAAUACCAGAUGGGCUAACAUAGUUCUUCCCAGAUUGAUCAGCAAAAGUUCUAAUGUUGAAAAUACUAUUGCAAUUACCAUCUUCUUUGGUGCUAAUGACAGUACUUUAAAAGAUGUGAAUUCCGACCAACACGUUCCACUGAAGGAAUAUGCUGAUAAUUUAAAAAGCAUGAUACAAUAUCUGAAGUCCAUAGAUAUUACUGAGGACAAAAUUAUUUUGAUAACACCACCCCCUCUCUAUGAACCAGCUUGGGAAAAAGAGUGCAUUGCCAAAGGUGACAAAUUAAACCGCUUCAAUUCUACCACGGGAGAAUACGCCAAGGCAUGUGUUCAAGUAGCUAGAGAUUGUGGGACUGAGGCUCUUGAUCUGUGGACACUUAUGCAAAAGAAUAAUCAGGACUUUUCUUCCUAUCUAUCGGAUGGACUUCAUUUAUCGGUAGUGGGAAAUAAUUUUUUAGCAGCUCAGCUUUGGUCUCUGCUGGAAAAGAAGAUUUCCACAUUACCUAUACUGCUUCCUUACUGGCGUGAUGUAGAUCAUCAGAAUCCUGAAGUUAGCCUUCGUGGGAAAUCCUGAUCAGUAACAUAUUGACCAAGUCUGUUGAUGGACAGGGGAAAAUGUGCAUUUCGCAAAUACUCCUAGUGUUAGAGAAAAGAUAAUAGUGAUGCAAGUUCUUUCUCAAAUGUUAUGGUUUAUGGGAAAAUAAAGUUACCUUUAGACAUUCCAUAGUAUGUUUUAAAUAGGUUAAUACAAUUUUCUCAAUAACUGAAUGUAUUAAAGCUCUAUUGGACAGUU